AUGGCGAAGAAACCCGGGAAGGGGAACGCUGACCAGGGGAAGCGGGGGAGGCAGGGAUCGGUCAACGCCUCCUGCGAAUCGGCAAGGACGUGGACGAAUCCCGUGGCGAGGAUGACGCCGGCGGCGAACGCCUUCGAGACGACGAAGAGGCCCGAUUCCGCGCGGAGGAAUCGCCAACUCGUUCCCACCAGAGGAAGCGUCACUCCGGCGACGCUGGAGACGAGGAUCACCGCGAUGGCGAUCAUCUUCAACCUCAGUGCCGCCUCGUCGUCUCUGCAUUCCGCCGCCUCGCCACCGCCGGAGGAGCACUCCGCGUUCCCCAGGGAUUUGGCUACCUGGUAG